AUGGUUAUGCUAUUUAAUGUUGAAAGAGAUGUAAAUAUCGAAAAUCUGAGAAAAGGUUCAGCUUGUCUAGUUUAUUCUAAUUAUGGAUGGCCUAUUUGGCGCAAAGCUUAUAUUGAACCUAUAAUUGGCCAUCGUCCAGAAUUUGAGUGUAAAUUAUCUGUUUAUCGUUUAGCCUGUCACAAUAUGGAAUUAAAUCCCUAUUCUCGUCUUAGUCAACAAUCUGUAGAAAUUAAAAUAUCGAGACAUUCAAAACCUUUUCAGGUUCAAUUAAAAUGGGCAGACAGAAUUCACAGAAAAUUUGUUGUUUGCCCAAGUCGUUUAUUUGCUUUUGAUCAAUGGCAUUUAUUUAUAACAGCAAUGGAAAUAUAUAGAGCACAUAAAGUAGAUUUAGUACAGAUAUAUAUUCAAAGUGUAGAUCCGCAAAUAUUUAAAUUAAUUAAAGUUUAUGAAAAAAAUGGAAUAUUACAAAUUAGACCUGCACUCGAGAUGCCAAUUAUCGAUUCAUUGGAUUUCAAUCCAAAUUCUGAAACUUCAUGGCAAAAUCAACUUGUUAAUUUCCAAGAUUGUCUUUAUGAAUACAGAGAAAGUGCAGAUUUCAUUGCUUUUCCUGAUUGGGACGAUUUUAUGUUUCACCCGUAG